AUGUGGAACGUUCUCCCACGCUGGAAACCGAUCGAACAGUUUCGCAAUCGAUACGAAUGGUUGAAUGGACCACUCUUUCGAACUUUUUUCAAUUCUCCAUAUACAGCGGUCAUUAAUGCAGGACUCGAAUGCGCAAUGCAACAGUACGCCGAGGUCAAAGCAAUCACGCAGGGUGCGACUAGUGUCAUCGGUAGUCUGAUCGAGGCAUGCAAUCGUGGCUUGGCACGCAACCUAGCCGAUGAUACAACACUCGGCAAAAUCCUGUACAAUGUCUCUCCUCUGGAAAUGACAGAAACCGAGGCCCAAGAUGCGAAAGACGUGCUUGUCUCGAACGGAUCUUUCAUCAUUCAUCUAAGUGAGGGAUUGCCGAAUGAUGCAGCAUCCGGACGUGAGUUUUCCAUGCUCAAAAGUCGUGGGUUGCUGAUUCCAGGCGUUUCUCUUAUUCAUGGUGUUGCUCUAAAAGCCAGUGACUUCAGCGACAUGGCAAAGGCUAGUGUUGGUUUUGUCUGGUCGCCACGUAGCAACCUGGAGCUUUAUGGUCAGACAGCAAACGUGGAAGCUGCAAAAAAAAAUGGCGUAAUUAUGGCACUUGCACCCGAUUGGAGUACGACCGGCAGCGAUGGUCUGCUUGCCGAGCUAAACUUUGCUGCGACAUGGAAUGCGGGCCUGGAACAUCCUCUAUUUGACGAUCGUACGCUAGUACAAAUGGCCACAACUAAUGCCGCCAAACUGGUUUAUCUUGACAAACGCUUGGGUUCAUUACAAGAAGGAUUUUUGGCUGACGUCCUCGUACUCCAUCCAACGCACUUGGUUCAGUCAAAUGAAGAUGCAUUUUGGGCAAUUACUCAUUCAACGCCUGAAGAAGUCGCAUUAGUAAUGAUCGACGGCAAGCCUGUAUACGGUGAUUCCGCAAUAAUGAAGCAGCUAACAGGAAUAGCGACCACACUUGAAUCAAUCGAGAUAUGCGGCGUGCAGAAAAGCAUUUCCUUUGCAGAAGAAUUUGGCGACAAACAUACAUUCCAUGAAACUGAAGCAAUGCUUCGUGCUGCACUUCGGCACUGGAGUCGUACACUGGGUCCACUCUCGGAUUGUGGAGUUUAA